CAUAAUUAACAUCCUAAAAGUCAACACAGCUACCCCUCAACAUGAAGGCUAAGAUUGUACUACUUUGGAGUUUGGCAGUCUGUGUAUGUACAAGUUUCACAUCAGCGAGAGCUCAGUUCAUACUGACAGUCAACUUCAUCAACUACACCAACCCAACCGGAUUGUGUGCUGAAUGUAGUGUACCAAGUGCUGACCUGCUAGUACCAGUGUGCUGUGAUGAUCUACCACUUAGAAACACCAACUGUGACAACACAGGAGAGGAGAGUUGUGACACCAGGUUCCGUUGGACCAUUAGACCAUUCGCUGCAUCACUGGAGACAAGACCCUCCAAUAUACUCAAUCCUGGCAGUCCUACUAAUUACUUCUUCACAAACUGUCCAACCUCACCCAACUCUGUUUGCCCAUUCCCCCAAGUGAGCACAACAUUUCCCCAAGGCCCACUAGGUUUCCUGGGUGUAGCAGCCAACCCUCUACCAGUGGUGUCAGGAACAAUGUGGACAGGACAAAUAUAGUUCUUCAUAGAAGCUGUGGAUAGUCGACUCCCGAACAUAAUAGACAGUCUGUUGAUUAACCUGGACAACCUCCAACUUGGAGCAGACUUUACAGAGGAGAUGACGUUCACUGGAUACCACGACGUAUCUCACAUGACCAUGAGUUUCAGAGUCGAGUGCUCUCCUGGUUUCUGUGGACCUGACUGUACCACCACACCUCAGAACAAUCCACGAGUGGCGACAUGUCAAGCUGAUGGCACUCUAACAUGUACUGAUAACCGAUUAGACCCUUCACCUCUUGUAGCCUGCAACGACUGCCUCUACAACUAUGACCCAAUCUCCAAUUGCACAGCCUGUCUUCCUGGUUUCUGUGGACCUGACUGUACCACCACACCUCAGAACAAUCCACGGGUGGCGACAUGUCAAGCUAAUGGCUCUCUAGUGUGUGACAAUAACUUCGAUCCUAAAACAAACUGUACUAAGUGUGUGGAUAAUUAUGCUCUAACCACCAACUGCUUAAGCUGUUUGUUUGGCUAUGAUAUUAAUAGUGGAUGUACAGUAUGUCUCCUAGGACAAAACAUAUCCACAAGAUGUACCACUUGUCUGUCUGGAUUCACUGGCAGUAAAUGUGAACCUAACUCUUCACUAAGUGUGGGAGUGGUGGGUGGUAUCACUGGAGGAGUGGGUGGAGUUUUGCUGCUUAUCAUUCUAGUAAUGGCCGUGUUCCUCAUCCUACUUACAGUCCGUAUCAAAAAGAGUGGUAACCAAGACAUCAGUACUGCCACUACUACAGGUGAAACACUAGACACAUGUACUAAAGUCUAUAUAGUCAAGUCAACCUGUGUUGAGGUUGACCUUUAUUAAUGUUGUCAUAACUUU